GGCGCAAAAGGCCCACGAUAACUACUUUAGAGCAGAGGCGAGUGAGUGGGUCGGGUUUCAGCUGUGCAGAGAGCGCUCUGGUGAUCUUGCAGAGAUAGAAGGCUAGAUAGACUGUCGUCUGGGACACUGCAGGACCGCUUUGAAGAUCUCGUCAAAUGGCAACGCUGAACCACAAGGCAAAUGAAUAAAGCUCUUUUCAAAUCGGACAUGACUUAUUGAUUGAUCCAAAUCUACAGAAUGCCUCAUAAUACUUUGAUAUAGACACUCAUCUGAAUAUAGUAAGGUGGUUGGAGAAGAGGACAGCUGCAACUUGCCCAAGGCAACUCCCCUGUCAAAAGUUAGGUCGUAAGGAUAUAUAUCCCUUACAAUUCGCUUUCCACCUUUCUCCCGAUGAAUGUUGGAAUUUCGUUGUGGAUAAAAAUCUAAUAAACACAACAAACAUGGAAGAAGAUCAAAAGUGGGGAGUUGCUGGUAGAAGUGUAGGCAGGACUUGCAGUGAGCACCCUUGCAAAAAACGCUUUUGGAGGAAUUGGAAAGAUUUGUCUGGUAUAACUGUCGGCAUCGUAUUCUCUGUAUUGUCUCUUGGAUUUUGCAUUCUCGUUUACCUGAGAACCUCGGAGCUUCAGUCCAGGAUCCUAAACUUGGAAAAACAGAGAGAUACGCAGCUCUCCGCGUGGAUCUCACUCGAGCAGGUGGAACCAGUUAUCUUUGGCCGAAUAGAUCAGAUUCUGGAAGAGAAAUUGGCGGCUCGACUUCCCAAAACACGAGAGGCCAGAGAAGCACCCCAUAGCUGCGUUUGUCCACCAGGGCGUCCUGGGUCGAGGGGAAAGAGAGGUCGCAAUGGGGAUCCAGGACCCCCUGGUCCACCCGGACGAUCAGGCUUUCCGGGUGACAAAGGAACAAUGGGAAUUCCUGGAAGAUUGGGGUUAAAAGGAUACGCAGGGGAGAAGGGAGUGCCAGGGGAGCCAGGCCUGUCCAUCAUUGGGCCACGAGGACCUCCUGGACAGCCAGGAACAAGAGGCUUCCCAGGCUUCCCGGGUCCGAUUGGGUUGGACGGCAAGCCCGGGCAGAAUGGCUUGAAAGGAGACUUGGGUCAACGUGGUCCCAAAGGAAUUCCAGGUGAAUCUGGUCAGAAAGGGGAAAAGGGCGUAUGUGGAGACUACAGUCACAGGAAGCGACGUAUUGUACAGCCCUGUGUUGGAGGAUUGGCCACACAGGGUGAGCCUGGAGCUCAGGGCCCACCAGGACCUCCCGGCCCCCCAGGGACCUCAGGGACCCCCGGACUGAACGGUGCAAGUGGACCACCGGGUAAACCCGGUGAACCAGGAAAACCUGGAAAAGAUCCAAGGCUCCUACCAGGGAUGAAGGGUGAGCCAGGCAUGCCAGGAAUAAAGGGUGAUGUUGGCACUGCUGGUCCUGAAGGCCCCAAGGGACUGAAGGGAGACCUCGGGCUGAAGGGUGACAAGGGUGAACCCAGUGCAGCAGGGACUGGCAUCAAAGGAGAACCAGGGACACCAGGACUUCCAGGCCUAUCAGGAUUCAAGGGUGACAAAGGCGACCAAGGUCUCAAGGGGGAAGAAGGAUCUGAUGGCCCAGCUGGACCAAGAGGUCCUCCAGGUGCAGCAGGGGAGCCAGGAAAAUCAGAAAUCGUCAACAAUGAAAAUGAUAUUCGGAAUGUACCUUUGAUGGGCCCACCUGGACUACCUGGCCCUCAAGGGGUCCCCGGAACACCAGGAACAAAGGGUGAAGUUGGCCUUCCAGGCCCUUCAGGUCUUGACGGAGAGAAGGGUCCUCGGGGGAAGCCUGGAGAGGCAGGUCCUGUUGGCCCAGCCGGCCCUGAAGGUCCCAGAGGGGAGGGGGGCCUGAUGGGUUUCUCCGGAACCAAAGGAGAUAAGGGGGACAUGGGCCCAUCUGGAUCACCUGGUCAGAAGGGUGAGUCCGGAGAUAAGGGAGGAAUGUCAGAGAUGGUAUAUGGGCCUCCAGGUCCUCCAGGGCCACAAGGACCAGUUGGCCCUGCGGGAACUGAAGGACUGGGAGGGCCAAAGGGGGAGCCAGGCAUAGGCAUACGGGGAGAGAAGGGAGCAUCGGGUUCGAAAGGCGAUAAAGGGGACAGGGGUCAUCUUGGGCUUCCUGGGGCUCAUGGUUUAGACGGCAGGCCUGGUCCAGUGGGCCUGAUAGGACCAGUUGGUGUGGCAGGGCCAGCAGGACUGAAGGGAGAUAGAGGUUACAAGGGAGAUUCAGGAGUCCCAGGACCAAUUGGGCCUCACGGCAUCCCUGGUUUAGUAGGACCACAAGGAUUCAAAGGGAACCGGGGAGAGAGAGGCAAGAAAGGCAACAGGGGAACUAAAGGGGAUAAGGGGGACCAAGGAGCACCCGGAUUAGAUGCCCCCUGUCCAUUGGGGGAUGAUGGCUUACCAGUAUCAGGGUGUUGGAAUAAAUAACGAUAACUUCGGGGUGGCAUGUGUGAUUGUACAUAGAAUAUUUAUUUUUGUACUUUUUAUGUGCUCUCUUAUACUGAUGAGAAAAAAAAGAAAAUCAUAAAAAUAUGCCAGGUUCUUUGUACAGAGUGUUUAUUUGUAUUAUUUGUUAUAAUGUUUAUGUAUUGGAUUUAAUAGCUAUGCAUUAUGUCAACAUGUUUGGAUAAGGAAGAAAUUAUAAUGUGGCUACAUAUGCAUGAUAUUUGUGCAUAAUGUGAACAGAUAUUGCCUAUUAACUUAUUGUAUCCUGUUGUUUUGUUUUGUUGUGACCAUGCUGCACUGAGUUGUGGGGCUGGAAAGAUGAAGUGUUGGCUUUUUAAAAUAUCUUAGUUGAACCCUCUUUGUAGAGAUCAAAAUGAUGAAAACCUACAGCCCCGCAAAUGUUCCUGUCUAAAUAUGUACACAAGUCACGUCAUGGUGACAGAGAGCACUGUAUUUAAUCUGCACUGUACAGUAUAGCCAUUUGAAUCACGAGUGCACAGAUGCCCAUGGUUCUCAACACAUCCUCUUUUAACCGUUUAGGGUUCUGAUAUCAUAAACCCAUAACGUAUCCUGAAUAUCCAGCAUGCCACACAAGCACAUUUUGACGUUGUCUCUAAAAGGGAAACAUGUUAUCUCAUGAAGGGGUUUCAACUGAGAUGGCCUGACCAUUUGAAGCUUUAGUUGUUUCCCCCUAGGCAAAACAGCAAUUUUGAAACAGAGAACAAAUACUUAGCAUUUGCUGCUCUUUCACUGGCUGAGUAGUUUCACAGCCAGAAUGACCAACCAUUCUAAGCUACAGUAUAGCUUCACGUAUAACCUGGCCUCAGUUUCUCCAAGUCAUCUGUAAAUAUAUAUUUUUUUAACCAACUCUAAGGGGCCACCUCAUCCUGCUUUUUGACUAUCAGGCUCUAUUUAACUGUAGUUGUUUGCCUUUUUUGUUAGAACUUUAUCAAGUUGAUACAAACCCAUGUAACAAGCUUUCUCUUGGAUGACUGAAAUAUUGCUGCUGACCCUUAAGGCAUCCUGCUGCAACAGCCACAUUGCCUCUACCCCCAGUGUAACGCAUCCAUUUAUUUAUUUGAAGAAAGCUAUUAAUGGACAAUGAAGAUCUUGUUAAGAAAUACCAGACUAGUUAUUUGCAGCUGUACUUUAAGAGGGAGUGACCUACGUCGCCCUUGCUAACUGUGUUUAUGAAUCAGUAUUGAAGAGAUGGAUGAAGGGGACUGGAGUAGAGUUGGUCCAUUGCCACUGCUCAUUGUAAAAAAAAAAGAAGCUCUGUUUGUGUUCUGAUCUGGCUGGAAAUGUAUAGCUAGAUUAAGAGAUCACCACCUUUAAUAAAGUCUUCAUCGGGUUCUUAUACCUCAUGCUAACGUGUGCCAUGUUCCCCUGCCUUACUCUUCUUGUUAUAGGUUCAACCCAAAGUUCAUGAGAAAUCAUUGAGAAUCUGUUCAAAUUGACAUUUAAAUGUUUGUUGACCUUAUAUGUUCAAAAUGACAAUCAGAAAUAAACCUUUUUUUUUUUAUCGUA